AUGUUGACAUGUAGAGUGGGUCUGUCUGUGUUGGUUGAUAUCUGUGAUUUCUGUAUUUUUUUAUCAGGAUAAAGGUGUGGUUGAAUCGUUUUUAAAGUUAUCGUGUAUUGUUAGUUUCUGUAAUUAUGAGUGAAAAACACAGUUUUUUCUUGAAUCCAAUUACUUGUCAUGCUUGGAAUAAAGAUAGAUCACAAAUUGCUCUUUCACCAAACAAUCAUGAAGUACACAUCUAUCAACGUAAUGGCAAUGACUGGAUACUGCUUGAUGUCCUCAACCAACAUGAUCUGCGAGUCACGGACAUCGACUGGGCACCCAACUCCAACCGAAUCGUCACAUGUUCUGCGGACCGUAAUGCAUAUGUGUGGACUCUGAGUGAAGAUGGGAAGUGGAAGCCGACUCUUGUUCUGUUGAGAAUUAUCAGAGCUGCUACAUGUGUCAAGUGGUCUCCUAAAGAGAAUAAGUUCGCUGUGGGCUCUGGUGCCAAACUGAUCUCUGUAUGCUACUUUGAGCGAGAGAAUGACUGGUGGGUGUCGAAGCACAUCAAGAAGCCCAUCAAGUCAACAGUGACUGCCCUCGACUGGCAUCCAAACAAUUAUUUGCUGGUUGUUGGCUCAACGGACUUCAAGGUGCGGGUGUACUCCGCCUACGUGAAGGACAUAGAUGAGCCUCCCCCACCCACACCGUGGGGAAGCAAGGCAGCCAUUGGUCAGCUGCUGGCCGAGUUCCAGAACUCCAACUAUGGAGGUGGAUGGAUCCACAGUGUCAGUUUCUCUGGGGACGGAACACGAGUGUGUUGGGUGAGUCAUGAUGCCUCGGUCUGUGUGGCUGAUGCCUCACGCAAUAACGCUGUCUCCAAGCUGCGCACAGAGUGUUUGCCAUUCCUCUCCUGUGUGUGGGUCGGCAGUAAUUCUAUUGUAGCCGCGGGUCAUGGGUGCUGUCCAAUGUUGUACGUGGUUGAUGACUCGGGGCAAGUUCAGUUUGGGGGAAAACUGGACACCUCGACAAAGAAGGAGGCUGCAGGUUUAAGUGCAAUGAAGAAAUUCCAGAGUUUCGACAGAAAUGCUCGGCUAGAAAAUGACACAGUUUUGGAUACAAUCCACCAGAACGCCAUCACAUGUGUAUGCGUUUACCAAGGGACGAAAGGGAACGCCACCAGAGUAUCGACCAGUGGAAACGAUGGACAACUAGUUAUAUGGGAUCUUCAGUCUGUGGAAGGUGGCAUGCAAGGAUUGAAGAUCAACUAGAUAUCUUAUAAAACAAUUUGCGAAAUAUACAAAUAAAUAAGUAUUUGAUACCUUUUACCAGUUCCCAUAUGUUGGAAUAAUUUCUUGUAGUAUUAAAACUAUUUGAGUUUGUAAUAUCUUGAGAUAAAUAUAAUGGCAAUAAGCCAAUAUGGACAAGUAACUUUAGUUUAAUUUAUAAAAUGAAAGUAUUUUAAAUGUACAAAAGUUUAGUUUGUAUGUAUAAGUUUAUUCCUCAAGCCUUUUUAAAAAUGGCUUUUUGUAUUUCUGAAAUGGCUAGAUGUGCUCAUAAAUAUUAACCCUUAAAGAUCACAAGGAACUACAAUUGCUGUGAUAAACCUUCAUGAGACAAAACACAACAUGAGUCAUAAUGACCCACAAUUCGUACUAACCCAUUGACAUGUUAAUGUUUAAUGGCGUUUCAGCACAUCAAACAUCCUACCUAAUUCAUCAUGGUUUUUCGCUGGUUUUACAAAAACAAUUGUAGUAGCUUGAGUUCUGUAUGAGAUACAGUUAUUAAACAUCAACAAAUGAACUUUAUGUUUAAAUUCAUUAUAAAAACGAAAAACAUUUAUAAACAUAUAUCGUACUGUGUAAGCCUAUGUAAAAUAUAGUAUGUAACGUUGCAAAAAGUGUUUUUAUUCUGACUACAGCUACAAUUAUCCACAAAAAGAAAUUGUAGUAGCUUGAGUUCUGUAUGAGAUACAGUUAUUAAACAUUAACAAAUGAACUUUAUGUUUAAAUUCAUUAUAAAAACGAAAAACAUUUAUAAACAUAUAUCGUACUGUGUAAGCCUAUGUAAAAUAUAGUAUGUAACGUUGCAAAAAGUGAUUUUACUCUGACUACAGCUACAAUUAUCCACAAAAAGAAA